AUUUUUUUCGUUUCGAGUUUUUUGUUUGUUCAUUAAGAAACACACGAGAAAAGAAAAGAAAAGAAAAGACCCUGCAAGAAAUCAGAGAAACAGAGAGAGAUGGGGUUAUGGGAAGAGACUUAAAUUGGGUUAAUAACAGUUUACAGUAGAGAGAGAAAGGGGCAUGGCGGCGUUGGCAGAAAAGAGUGCUGUAAAUUCUUGUAUCGUGUCUUAAAUGUCUUUGCAACGACAAGAAAAACAAAGUUAAGUUCAAAAGCCAGGCCAGCUGCCGCAGCACAACGAAAAAUCCUUGAGGAAAGUGAAAGGGGAAGCAAGCAAAGCUUUGAUUCGAGUAUAAACGCUGCGCUUUUCCUACACCACAACCCCUUGGUUCUUUUUUUUUUUUUUCUUGUUUCCUUUCUUUUCUUGCAAUUAGGGGCGCACCGACACCAGCCAAAAAAAAAACAACGAAUAAAUUACUAUGUACUGAUUAGCAACAACAACAACAACUGCUCACUUUCACUUCUUGUUUUGUUAGAUAGCAGCGUGUGCUUAGACACGUGCAAAAGGAGAAGAAUUGGCAAUAGCGGCUGUGGGAAACAAAAAACAAUCGGGUUCUGAAAAUCAAAAGGGAGAGGUGGGGAAGCUUCUGAUAUGGAUUGUCGGUCACAAUUGAGGUCUGGGAGAGGUUUAGAGGAGGAACAAUGGCGGGGUUUUUUUCACUAGGAGGAAGAGGGAGCAACAGCCAAGAAGACCAACGAAACAAUCCACCGCCGACCGAUAUCCAACCCGAGAGCUGGUUUUGGUACAAAAAUGAGGAUGCUUCUUUCAAGGGUUUCGAAUUGUGGCAACAGCAAGAAGCUUUCCAACGCCAGUACCAAAGCAUCGGCAGCAACAGCAACAACAACCAGCAAGGCCAACAGCUACAAGAUCUUUAUUCGUCAGCAGCUGGAUUAGGAGUUGGGCCUAGCAGGAGCUCGAUCAACAUCGCUGAUGAUUCCUCCUCGAGAUCGGCUUUUAUGAUAAUGGGUGGUGGAGGUGGAGGCGUAAGUUGCCAAGAUUGUGGUAAUCAAGCUAAGAAGGAUUGCCUUCACAUGAGGUGUAGAACCUGUUGUAAAAGCCGAGGAUUCGACUGCCAAACCCAUGUUAAAAGUACUUGGGUUCCUGCUUCCAAGCGCCGUGAAAGACAACAACAACUUGCUUCUUUACAGCAGCAGCAACAACAGCUUCGUGGAGAGAAUCCCAAAAGACAGCGAGAGAAUCCAACAUCUUCUCCUCUUGCCUUCACUCGUUUACCCACAAACGCGUCAGGGUUAGAAGUGGGGGAUUUUCCGGCAGAAGUGAACUCUGAAGCAAUGUUCCGGUGCGUGAGAGUGAGUGGCAUUGAAGAUGGUGACGAUCAGUAUGCUUAUCAGACGGCUGUGAACAUCGGAGGGCAUGUUUUCAAGGGAAUUCUUUACAAUCAAGGCCCCGAAAGCGGCUACAACAUGGCUGCAGCAGUUGGUGAGAGUUCUUCCGGCGAUGGAAUCCAACAACUUGAUCUUAUUACUGCUGGUCCCACCGCCGCCGCUUCCAACGCGGGUACCGUCGCAGGCAACGCCAGUUGCAGCAGCGUUACAGCUGCUGCGUCUUCAUCAACCGUCGCAUUUUUAGAUCCUUCCUCUCUUUAUGCAGCUCCACUCAACACUUUCAUGGCUGGUACGCAGUUUUUCCCGAACCCAAGAUCUUAAAAACACGUCCAUAGUCCUUUUUUCUAGGUCUCUUCUUCGUUGUCUACUUUCUUGCCCUCGAUCAUAAUGAAGUACUACAACAUUUGACACCCACCAUUGAUGAACUAGGUAGUUGUUAAGAAAAAGGUUUAAGAAAAGAGAGAAAGAGAGAGAGAUGUUUGGUAUUUUUGUUGUGAAAAAAUUUGAAUGCUUUUUAGUUCCAAAUCAUCAAUAUAAAUUCUUCUUCUUCUGCUGCU